CGACAAUUUCGCCGGAAAACAGGAAACGCGCUUUAAAGAACUCCUCACGGAAAGAUCGCGAGGAUUUCUCGAUCAAGAACGCUCUUCGAAGAACCUUGAGCUAUGGGCAGCAAUCGAUGGUGGUCGAGAGAGACGAUUGCCGUGGUGACUGGCAGCAACAAGGGGCUUGGAUUGGCCAUAGCUCGCGGUCUGGCCAUGGAGGGCGUGACGACGAUCCUGACUGCCAGAGACGAGCUCCGGGGCUGGGAAACCGUGGACUCGCUCAAACAAGACGAGAGAAUCGAUCCAUCGCUGAUCCACUUCCACCGGCUGGACGUGACAAGCGCCUCGUCGAUCCAGGAGUUUGCGAGAUGGAUCAAAACCAAGUUUGGUGGCUUGGACAUUUUGGUGAACAACGCGGGAAUCUCGGGAGCUACUCCGGGAGCUCUCACAAACUUGGAGAACUCCAAAGCUGUGAUUGACACGAAUUACCUCGCAGUUCGAAAGCUCACAGAGAGUUUGAUCUCGCUCAUGCGUCCAUCCUCUCACGGAGCCCGCAUCGUCAACGUGAGCUCCGGAACAAGCCGAUUGGAUGCACUGCAAAACCAAGCUCUCGCCCAUAAGAUCUCAAACAUUGACGAGCUCUCGAUGGAAGCCAUCGACGAGAUAGUCAAGGAGUACCUGGAGGACGUCGAGCACGGACGGGUCAUCGAGAAGGGCUGGUCCAGGAUGUUUGGAGCUUACGACUACUGCUUCUCCAAGAUAGCUCUCAACGCCUACACGCGAGUUCUGGCGAGAGAUCUCUCCAAACUUCCCGAGGGUCACAAGAUCUUCGCCAACUGCAUGUGUCCGGGGGUGACCAGCACGGCCAUGUCCAGGAACAACGGGCACUCGGCCGAGGUUGGAGCGGACACGGCCAUUUGGUUGGCGUUGCGGCCGGCGAUAGAGUCGAGCUCGGGGCGAUUCUUCUCCAAGAGGAACGACGUUGGGUUUGAUCGAAUCCCCUUCUACAUAGAAAAAGUUGUCUACACUUCCGAUCUGGAGGACUUCAUGGAGUGUAUGAGGAAGCAGGAGCGAACUCGUAAAAGCUGGAGAGAAAAAACAAAAUGAAAGGAGAGUUAGAACCGAAAAAAAAAUGAACUGUUGCUUACGUGCUUGGAAGACUAUCUCUGCCUGUAAAGGUCUCAAAGGUAAAUGUUAAGACUCUACAAGCACUGCCGCU